AUGUCCUUGGUGAUCUCUGGGAUGAAAUCUAUAAUGGACAGAAAUGAGGACUUUACAUUUCUUAAAAGCAUGAUCAUGGAAAGGAGAUUCCAUCUACUGGUCAAGAUCCAUGCGAGGUUGAGGCGGUUUGGAUCAAGGAAUCCUGUCCCGGUCCGGGAUAAUGCAAAGAGUCUGGCCUGUAAUUUGGCUGAGGAGCUGUGGACUCAAGUGGCUAGUGCUGAAUGUUCAGAGUUGAUCAGCCUGCUCUCCGACCCGCACAUCAAGGGCCUUCUCUCUGUUCACGACAUAGUAGCACAGAAAGGUUAUGACCCCGAGCUGCCACCCCUACCUGAUAACAUCGAAGAAGAGGAUGAGGACUCUGUGAAGAUUAUAAGCCUGUUCAAAAGCCAGGAGCCACUGGGGGCCACCAUAAAGAGAGAUGAAUCCACUGGAGCUAUAGUUGUCGCAAGGAUCAUGAGAGGGGGUGCUGCAGACAGAAGUGGUCUGAUUCAUGUGGGCGAUGAGCUAAGGGAAGUCAAUGGAGUCCAAAUGGAGGAUAAGACACCGGAGGAAAUCAUUCCUAUUAUGGCUCAAUCGCAGGGAGAGGUGACUUUUAAAGUGAUACCGGUACCUGGCAUCAAGGAAGAGCUGUCAGCCAAUGAGACUAUGUUAUUUGUACGGUCGCUCUUUGACUACAAUCCCGAGGAGGACCCUGCCAUCCCCUGCAGACAGGCAGGGCUGGGCUUCAAGAGGGGGGACAUCCUUCAGAUCGUUAACCAGGAGGACGUCACCUGGUGGCAAGCCUGUCGUCAUGGUGACAGCAACUCCCGAGCAGGACUCAUCCCCUCCAGGCAACUUCAGGAGAGGAGAGUCGCUCUCCAGCGGCCCAAAGCCUUAUUUAAACCUCAGAGAGUCCCAAACAAAGAGACAGAAAAGGAGGAAGUGGUGGAGGAUGCAGACUAUGGAGCUAUUACUGGAAUCCACAUCGCUGGUCUGAGAAGGAGUUUCCGGCUGGGCAGGAGGGGCGGUAGGAGUGGGAGUGUUGAGUCUAAAAGGAAGAGCCAGGAGAUGGGAGGAGCCACACAGACACCCACCUACCUGGAGGUGGCACCGUACUGCAGGGACCCCAAAGAGGGACGUCGGCUGGUCCUGCUAGUUGGUCCCAGUGGAGUUGGGCUGAGUGAGAUGAAGAGGAGACUCCUGCUUUCUGACCCUGACCACUAUGGUGUCACUGUUCCACACACCACCAGAGAGAAGAGGAAGCAGGAGAAAGAUGGGGUAGAGUACCACUUUGUCUCAAGGCAGACGUUUGAAAUGGACAUCGUCAACCACAAGUUUUUAGAGUAUGGGGAGCACAGAGGGAACUACUACGGGACCAGUCUGGAGUCAGUGCACAAGGUCAUAGGGGAGGACAAGGUGUGCCUACUGGAUGUGCAGCCUAAUACUGUACAGCGCUUACACACAACCGAGUUCAAACCAUGUGUUGUUUUUGUGAAGCCACCAUCGAUUCAGGAGCUACGUUUUAGCCGGAGGAAAGCUACAUUAAUUUCCACCCAAGAUAUGACGAAACUGACAAAGACAUUUUCGGAAGAGGACUUUGAAGAUAUGAUUACCUCAGCAGAAGCCAUGGAUAGCCAGUACGGCCACCUGUUUGAGAUGGUCAUCGUCAAUGGCGAUUUCGCCAUGGCAUUCAACAAACUGAGGGCUGAGCUGGAAAAGCUUGAGACGGAGGCGCCUCAGUGGAUUCCUGUGGAGUGGACCAGUCACACCAAACAGAACACAGAGAGCGUGUGCUGA